UGUGUGUGAGACUCACUUGAUACAAGAUGACGUCGAAGAGUUGUUUGUUGCUGGUUGCCAUGGCGACGCUCACCGGCUCGGUGAUAGGCACUGCCGAGGUGAUGAGCCAUGUCACUGCACAUUUUGGAAAGGCGCUUGAGGAGUGCAGGGAAGAGUCAGGGUUAUCAGCGGAAGUGCUGGAGGAGUUCCAGCACUUCUGGCGCGAGGACUUCGAGGUGGUGCACCGGGAGCUGGGCUGCGCCAUCAUCUGCAUGUCCAACAAGUUCUCGCUGCUGCAGGACGACUCCAGGAUGCAUCACGUCAACAUGCAUGACUACGUCAAGAGCUUCCCUAAUGGUCAUGUCCUUUCCGAAAAGCUGGUGGAGCUAAUCCACAACUGUGAGAAGAAGUACGACACGAUGACAGACGACUGUGACCGCGUGGUGAAGGUAGCUGCUUGCUUCAAGGUGGACGCCAAGGCGGCCGGCAUCGCGCCCGAAGUCGCCAUGAUAGAGGCCGUCAUGGAGAAGUACUGAUGAUGGAGAGGAACCUGAUGAUAAUGGACUACUCACCGCUUACAGCUGUUAGGUUAAAUGCAAUGAAAAAUGUAAAAAAAAAAUGAUUUGUUGUUAUUAUUAUAAUGUUUGUGAUAAGUGAUA